AUGUUUUACCAUUUGCCAGUUCUCUUCAAACGGCCUCUCUUUAAAACGGCUUCCAAACGUCCUAUCUUUUCAAACGGCUUGAGAAGAAAAAACGGCUCCUGUUCAAACGGCCUCUCUUCCAAACGACUUCUCUUCCAAACGGCCUCUUCCAAACGGCUUCUAACGGCCUCUCUCUUCCAAACUGAUUCUUUAAAACCUCUUCUCUCAAACGCCUCUCUUCCAAACGGCUUCUCUUCCAAACGACCUCCUCUUAAAAACGGCUUGUCUUCCAAACAGCCUAUCUUCCAAACGGCUUCUCUUCAAACGGCUUCUCUUCAAAACGCCUCUCUUCCAAACGGCUUCUUCAAACGGCCUCUCUUCAAACAGCUUCUCUUCAAACAGCCUCUCUUCCAAACGGCUUCUCUUCCAAACGGCUCUCUCUUUAACAGCUUCUCUUCCAAACAGGCCUCUCUUCCAAGCGGCUUCUCAAAACGGCCUCUUCAAACGCUUCUCUUCAAACGGCCUCACUUCAAACAGCUUCUCUUCCAAACGGCCUCACUUCAAGUUCUCUUCCAAACCUCAAUCAAUCUUCCAAACGGCCUCUUUUUAAACGGCUUCUCUUCCAAGAACGGCCUCUCUUCAAAUAAUCUUCUCUUCCAAACGGCUCUCUUCAAACGGCCUCUCUUCCAAACGGCUUCUCUGAAAAGCAACCUCCCCACUUCAAACAGCUUCUCUUCAAACAGCCUCUCUCUUCCAAACAGCUUCUCUUCAAACAGCCUCUCUUCCAAACGGUUUCUCUUCCACAGCCUCUCUUCCAACCACUUCUCUCCAAACGGCCUCUCUUCCAAACUUUAG